AUGGCAUUUUCUUUUAAUUUGCCUGGAAAGGUUUUGGUAAAAGUAUGCUAUCCAACAUCGAGACCUCCAAAUUUAGUUCAUUUACAACUUGGUGAGAAUUUAUCAAAGAUUCGUAAGGAAUUGGAAAUGCGUAAAUUCAUCAAUGAUAAAUUAUCAUUUUCUCAAAAUAUUAUUGAAAUGUCCAAAGUAGAAAAUUCGGACGAGGGAACAUUUCGGUUAAAUGAAAUUAUAGUCAAAAACAAUGAAAAAUACAUUUUAUAUUUAAUUCAUUCAAAUUUGGGGGAAUAUAUGAAUGAAAAGCACAAAUUAAAUUAUGGGCGUACCAUAACUAAUGAUGGUAUUAAGACCAACGGUUAUAAAGUGUUUAAUAUGAAAGGUUGUAAAUUAUACGACCUUGGUACUAAAGAAUUUCGAUUAGAUAAAGUGGAAUUCAAUUCGAUCGAAACUGAAGAUUGGUUGACGAAAUCUUUAUUACUUGAUAUUAAUAGUAAAUUGCAAAGUUUUGUAAAUUUGGGAUUUUCGGCUGGAAUAGUGAACAGAAGCAAAUCAAAAUUGGAAACAAAUUCAACUUAUUAUUAUAGAAAUUACGGCAAAUUCUCCAUGAAUAUUAACAUUACGGAGCAUUUGAUACUAACUGAAGAAUUUCUUCAGAGAGUAAAUGAUGCCAUAAAAUCAAAAAAGCCGAAGAAUUUUAUUCAAAUUAUUGAGGAUUAUGGUCAUUUCAUACCAACUGAAGUGAUUUUUGGUGGAAGAAUAUAUUUUAAAGAUUCCAGUAGAUCAACCGAAUAUUCAACAGGAAAAGAAAAUGAUGUUGCUAUUAAUUUAAGUGUUCCAAGUAAUAUCGAUGUUGGAAUAUCAAGAAGUACCAAUCAUACAAUUGGAAUUCUAAAGGAUUAUAGAUCAAAUUGUCUAGAAUUCAUUGGAGGAAAACUUGGAUGUCUUGAAAAUUUCGAUGAACUAGCUUGGGUUAAGUCUUUAGAAGAUUAUAACAAUUGGGAGUGUAUAGAUUUUCGAAACUCAAUCAAUAUCUUUCAACUUUUAUCUGAUGAAUUACAACGAAAAAUAUUUGUUUUGCUUGGAAAAAAGGUCAUUUAUUCGAAAACGGAAACUCGCAAAUGUACGUUCGAAAGUGGUAUACCGGCAAUCUUUACAUUGAGGGAUGCAAAUAUUUCAAAAACCCUUCAGAAUAAAGAUGCAGAUUGUAACAUUUUUGCAACAGUAAUUAAUGAAGAAGAAACAAAUAAUGAAUUCUUUAAUUGUCAAAUCCUUUGGCUGCAAGAUGAUGAACCAAGACUUAUCAUUCAUUGUAUUCAAAAAAAAUCUAGAAAAUGUUCAUUUAAUUUGAAAAUCAGUUGGAUGGUUAUUGGCUAUGACAUAAAUUUUGAUUAUUUACUUUCAGCAGGUUUUAAUGUUCAAUUGAAAGUUCUAAAAAGUGAUUUUAAUUCAACAACUAAUCAAAUUAUGAUGAGCAAGGCAUUACCUAUCAAAUGUGUUCCCCCUUGUAUUGGAAUUCCCGUAUUAAAUAGGUUAGAUACUUCUCAAAAUGAUUAUUCCCUUGUUAUUGGUCACCAUUUUUGUAAUAUAAAAGGCAGAAAUGAUCUAUUCGCAUUUGGUUAUUGUCUAAAAAACAAAUGUUAUGUUAAUUUACCCAGCUUUACUUUUUAUACCCUUUUUUCUAAUGCUUAUGAAUCACUUCCUUUGAAAGUUAGAAAACGUGACUUUUUAUUAAAUAGAAACCCAUUUGUCGAUAUUGGAGAACUUAUUUCACAAUAUCAAAAUCCAAAAUAUGUUAGUUUGUAUCUAUCAAAAGAUAAUAAUUAUAACCCAAUGUUUUUAAAUCAUAGAUGUAAGCGAAUUGAAUUAGAAUAUGUUAAAUGUAGCUGUAAUAAAACUUGUUCUAUUUGUAAUGAAAAAUCUACAAAAAUAUCAAUACUUGAAAAUAUCGCAUGCAUAUUUUUUAAUCCAUGUAUCAGUAAAAACUCACAAUCAAUUAUUUUGGAUAAUGAGUGGUUCGAUGAAGAGGCAUUGCACGUUCCUGUCAAAAAAUUUACCGCCGAUUUCAACCAAGCCGAGAUCAAACCGACCACUAUAUCGAAAACUACCAUUACAAUUCGUCACUUACGUCUUUUGAUUACUUAUCAACGUCAAGAUGGUUGUUUCGAAAUAACUGACAAUGUUGCAAGCUUGUUUAACUUUUCUUCCAAGAAUGAGUUAAUACAAUCAUUUACCGCUCAUGUGCAAAAGGAUGAUCAUGUGAUAGCUCUUCAUGUUGAUGUUUGGAGUUCUGCAUUAAUCACCGCAUUACUUAAAGCUUUAUUAUGGACUCAUCGACGAGAGUGGAAUACAGUUUACGCAAAAACCGAAACUUACUUGAGCGAAACUGUCACCAAUCUUGAAACUGAAGAACGAUUAUAUAGCUUGGCAAAUAAAUUUGUCAUUAAUCACUUUAAAAUCUCUCAAUGGGAAAAUGAAGAGCAAAAGAGGAGUCUCGGUAUCAGUGUCAUAACAAAGAAAACAAUAAUCACUCAUCGUACUGUUGGAACACGUCACGUACGUCGUUAUAUGAGCUAUCAAAAGGACACAGGAUGUUUCGAACUUACCGAUCAUAUGUCCGAAUCUCUUGGAUUCAGUUCAGCUGAGGAGGCGAAGAAAGAUUUCGAAACAUAUUUUGCUAUUUAUGCAAAAGCUUUAAUACUUGAUGCCAACGUGUAUAGUUCAGCCGUAAUGAUUUGGUAUAUGAGAUACGUGUUGGUUGAUUUCCGAAGCGAAUGGGCCUAUAAAUAUAAAAAGACAGCUAUGUGGAUAAGUGAACAAGUGAAAGACGAUCAAGUCGAAAAUGAAGUUCUUGAGGCUGCAAGGAACUUCGUCAUGAAGAGGUUCGAAGUUGACGGGGAAUCAAUCCUCAAAGAUGAAUCCUUCAAGGUUUCCUUGGCAUUUAAAAAGGAAUCCGUUCCUCAAUUCGUAUUAAACGAAAUCGAAGCUGCAAACGAUGACGAUUUCAUCGCAGCAUAUCAAGUCAUUGGUCUCCUCAGAAUCAGAAUCAAAAGUGCCAGGGAUCUUCUUAAAACAAGUUGGUUUGGAACGAAACCGGAUCCUUAUGUCAAAAUUCUUGAUACUUGUUAUAAAGAAAUCACUCGAACUCGAACCAAUCAUGAUACACUUGGCCCUGUUUGGGAAGAAAUUCAUUAUGUAUCAAUUCAUGGUCCUGGUGAAAAAAUCACCUUUGAGAUUAUGGACGAAAAUUUAUUCAUUUCUGAUAAAACUCUUGGUUCUUAUGUUCUUGAUACUGCCAAGUUGAUUAAUAGAAAUGAGGAUGGUUCUUUCACUACCGGUGAUCUGGUAGAAGAAUGGUUCUCACUUCAAAUUGGAAAAAUAUUUAAGGGAGAGUUGAACAUGGAAGUCCAAUUCUUUUCCACAUCUUUUGACUUGGAAGAGAGCUUUAUUUUUAACCGAGAAACCAUCGAUCUUAAACAUCUUUACAUUCUCUUCAGUUGGAGACUAACGAGCGGGUCAUUUGAAUUUUCUGACAACUUGGCUCGUUUCUUUAAUUGUAAAUCCGAGGAAGAAUUAAGGAACGCCUUCAUAAAAUUCACCACUACUGAUGUACGAUUGCAAAAGUUAAGCCAAUCUGUCCUUAGCACUGCAUUAGUGAUCACAUAUUUGAGAUUAUUAUGUUGGAAACAUCGAAAAGAGUGGGCAAAGAUUAUUGCGAAUAGUGAAGAAUGGUUGAGUUUAGAAAACGAUGAUAUUGAACUUGAGGACAAAUUAUACGGCGCUUGUGAAAAAUUCAUCACCGAAAGGUUCGAAAUUAAAGGAUAUGAUGAUGAAGAACAACAGAACAGUUUAGUUUCAGUUAAAAAACGAGUCAUAAUUACACGUAAAUUAGUUACUGCUCGAACCGUUCGUCAUGUUCUCAAAUAUCAAACCCAAGCUGGUUCUAUUCCCCUUGAUGACAAGACUACCGAAUACUUUGGAUUUGAAAGCACUGAGGAAUUCAAAAAAGAACUUCAAACCCAUUUCCACAGCGAACGUGUCACAAAAGUUCACCAGGAUGUUUGGGUUACCGCUUGUACAAUUUGGUAUCUACGUUAUGUAGCCGUAGACUUUCGUCAAGAUUGGGUCAAGGUUUAUGAUAAAGCAUCCGAAUAUUUAAGAGUUCAAUGUAAUGAUGACUCAAAAUUGGAACAAGAAAUCUUAGAAAGUGCCAGGAACUUUAUUAUCAAACGACAUAAAGUUGAAUCAUCAUCAAUUGAAGAUGAUCAUAGUUUCGCUUCGGCCGUUGAAAACAAACAAAAAGCAAUUGAUCACGAAAAAACCGAAGAGAAGAGACGACAGCUUAUUGCCAAAAAUAAGAGAAAAGUUUCUUACAUCGAAGAAAAACAUUCCGUUGAUGUUGGUUCAGUCAAGAGAUUCCUUUCUCAUUGCAAUGAAGAUGGAAGUUUUAUUUUCAGUGAAGAUGUCGUUAAGCUUUUGAAUUUCGAGGAUAGCAAGUCCUUCGAAACUUCUAUUCAAAGUCACUUCGUAUCUGAAC